AUGCGGAACACUUUUCCACUUUACAAGAUAUCCGACUUGGUACUCGACCUCGAUGCCGAGGACAGCAAAUGUGUGAGACAGUACGACGAAACCGUCGACGGUGUCCUCGAAGAAGCCGCGGCGAAGGAAGCACGCGAUCAAGCACCACUAAGGCAGCGAGUCGCCCAAUUUGAGCAAGAGUACCAUCGAGAUGACGCAAAUUUCCGGACUCUGUCGAGCGAAAAGUUCAAUCCGUGGCACAUCUCCGAUCUGGAUAUUCUCUCCGCUGCGCUUCGAGAUCCAUCGCAAACGCCGUCGUCAGAUGAUGGAAAGCGGAGACAUGCACCACCAGUAGAUAUGAUAAACCUGAACAAAGAUCAAAUCCUGGAGACGAUUUACGACUGGAACGGCAUUCCACUUCAAGCGCUGGAGAGCACAUCCAAAACCAUACCGCAUAUGCUGCGCCGCCAGCAACUCAUGAGGCGCAAGACUCCCCAACCAGACGAGGAGAAGUUGGUUCACGCUCAACUAGCCAGCUGCCGCAGCUUCGAAGAGCUCAAGCGGCUAUUCGCUCGCCUUUCUCAGACGACCGAAGGCUCUAAGCUCGCAGCCUCCAAAGGUCGUUUGCUUAGCUUGGCAUGCCGGCAGAGAGCUCGAUAUGGAACGGCAGCAGAAGUCAGAGACGCUUUCGUAUUCCUCAACGACAUCUUCAUAACCUUCGUCAGGAAAGGCUUGGAAUUUGACAGUAUUCUAUGCCGUACGGGGUUGAUGCUUGCGAUGCAAUGCUCCGCUUAUGCCUCCGCAAGGGAAUACUUGGCAUAUGGGUUCCCAAAAUCCACCUAUCGGCCGCAUCACCACGAAUUCGCGCCUAAUCAACUUGAACUUGCAAAAUGUUUGUACAGGGCUCUCUGGUCCAUAACUGGGGAUCGGCAACAAGACCGUGAUUUUGGUGUACUUUUGGACCCCAAGGAGCGCCGGAUUGCGUUAUACAACCUUCUGACAGGUCAUGACUUGUGUGGGCGGUACGUUGAACAUUCCUUCGACACUCAUCAUCAUCGGUAUCGCGACUGGAAGAAUUAUGCCGUACCGUACUUACACAUUCUUGCUGAACUGGGGGCACUUCGGACCCUUUGUCAUGAGUUUUCCGGUCAUGUUGCAGGUACCGGCUUACGGGAGGCUAAGAGGUGGAGGGAUGCGCGUACGCAACAGUGGGCUUAUCGAGACAAAGUGCCGAACCCAGUGGUACGCGUGAUUUUGCGGAGGAAUAUACCACAAGCCACCACCGACGUCUUUGUGGCUGCCGUCGCCCGUCUUCUCAAAAAUAUUCAGAGCGGUCGGUUAUUGCUGCCAGAAUCCAGCCUCGCCAGUACUACUGGUAAUUAUGAGAAGGACUGCCGACUCGAUUUGAUAACGAUCUAUCAGUCAAAGCCCAAUUUCCCGGAAACGGACGCCGACUACAACCCUCCGCCUGACUUGUACGAAAUUACUGAAAAGGAGAAAGCCGCUAUGGCCAAAGAACACUCACAACCGCUGGCGAUUGACGCAGCUCUGAGGGAGGAAAUUCUGGAUGCAUUUUGCCUGCCGGUGGUCGAGGAAUCUGUGCAGGCGCUCCUAUCCAUCUUGUUCAAGAAUAGGCUACUUGAACAUGACGUUUCUUGCCCGGUUGAGGUCCGAGGACUGAGGAAGGCCCUGUCAUCCAAUUCAUCAUAG